AUGAUGGUUCAACUGAGGGUCGAACUCAGGACCUUCUUCUUGACAGUAACGUAUGCGGCAGGUCCAGGGGCAUCGUCAUCCGUUAGACGCAUUGCAACGGAGGUACAGACCCGCUUGAGAAAACUGGGUUCUAAUACACAGGAUCCACUGUACUGGAAUCCCGGUGACGGGUCCCCAUUUUCCCCAGCGUCACUGGUGCAUGAAAGCCUGUGGACUUAUCGUCACCUCAGUAAGAAUGCUGCCACCUUUGGUGGUGUUCUGCUGGCUCUACUCUGGUGGAGCGCACCAAUUCCUUCGUCGACAUAUAACCAGUUCUCGAUUCAUGCUGUCAAGAAUAUGACGACAUGCGCUCCGGGCAUCAUCACCUGGACCUAUAACGGUUCAUCACCCAACAUUUUGGUCUCUAUCACGAAUGUCAAUGUUCUUGAUCCCGAUCCACAGCGUGAUCUCACUCGCCGCCAAAAUACUGCUAAACAGAUCUCCGUGACUUUAACAAACACUAGCGCCAUCUUAGACUACUGGAUAUGGCCUCAAGUGGACCAGCCACAGGGCUGUAAUGGAUCCGACACGGCUUGUUUGCUCUCGUCCUCAUCUUUAUCGCCAGGACCCACUAGCCCUGUAACCGUAGCAGAAACCUCAUCAGUGACACUCAGUGUUGGCAAGAUCAUGGGGAUCGUGGUUGGUAGUCUAGCAGGGCUGAUUGUUCUUGUUUUGGCUAUCGCAUAUUACCUUUGCCGCCAAUGUUGCUCUCCAACUCGUGGCAGCAAGCCAAAGCAAAGCGUGGGAAAAAGGUGGAGCUCGCUGAAAUCUAAUGACUCAGCUGCCAGGUCACCAGCGGGGGGCAAUGGUGACUCUGCUUGCUCCCGCGGUCAUUCGGAGUCGAUGGGUGAAAUAUUGAUUGUCGCAGAUAGUGGCAAGGAGGUCUCAGAGACCAUAACACCACAGGGUUCAGACGAAUAUCACGAAAGUCGCGGAGAGGAGAAAGAAACAUACCCUCACUCGCCCAGGGGGAUGAUCCCUGUGGACACUAUCCAUAAUCCCUUGUCGCAUUAUAAUCGCCGCAUAUCUGUUCACUCCCUUCAAGAUUCAUAUUCCUUUCCAGAUCCAUAUGUCUGUGGUGACGCUGGUCGCACCCAUACUAUCACCUCUGCGCACUAUUCGAAACAAAGCUUCGAGCUGCAAGCAGCUAGAAUACGAUCGUCCAUGGAAAGCUCCGCAUACAUGCGUACCGAGCGCUUCUCACUGCCAGCUCCAGCUGCCUCCACUCCGCACUCACCCACAUCUCCUAGCCGAGGGCGGGACGCGUACCCACCUUCUCCUGAAGCUGCAAUUUCGAGCAGGCGCCCGCCUUCGAUAGGCGUUGUGUCCGUUCGCCGCAAUUCUCGCAAACCUGUACCGCACUAUGAUCCAUCAGAGUUUCGUGACAACUUACAUAGCGCGGUAGACAAUCAGUCAAUGAUUACCGCUUGUGAAUCAUCAUAUUCGCACGGCACAGAGUCACUAUCCCCACUGCAUGCCAUGUCAGGGCUGUCCCACAACCACAUCCAUUAUCUGAUCCCUGACAUGCCACCGAGGAACGAAUAG